UGCAUUUAAGUUGUCAUUGUUGAUUUCUUAUCUACUCUUACCCGACAUCCCAUGUUGAUGCAUAUGACAUGGGCAGUGUCCAAUAGUGAUCAUUUAGUUUUCUUAGGACCAUUCCAUCUUUUAAAGAACAUUGUAUCUUCUAAACGACAUAUCAUGUCGGAAGAAAUAUUUUAUCCUAAUAAUAGUUUAAUUUACACCCUGUUUUAACAAUAGGUGUGGUAGGCUUUGUAUCGUUUCAUUGUUUAAGUUUUAUGGAUUAUAAUAAGUGAGGUCAAAUCUACUUAAUAUUACUCUGUCCCCUUUCUCAACUCUUCCAAGUAACAUCUGAGAAGCAGACUAAUAACAGCUGGAAUAUGUCCGUGUAUGACACAAAAUAGAAAAGUAUGGAAGAACUAUAACAAAAACAAACACGUGUUGUAUUUGAUCGAUUUCUCUAUUCUCUAAACCUACAAAUGGUAGGAAGUGGUCACGUCAUAAUUUGGGAAAUCUGGAAGUUGACAUCCGGCAUUGAUGACAGAAUACAAUCAUGUAGAUUAAUAAUCAUGAUAUAAUUCAAUUAACUAUUCACAAUAUGGGAAUAUGCUUAUCAAAAUGGAGCAAAUUCUGGCACAAUUUAACAAGUGGUCCGAUGCCAUUGACGAUUGUAAUGCUAGGUCUGACCUCAACAGGGAAAACUACGUUAUUAUAUAAGCUUCAAAAUAAUACUUCUGAGACAUUACCUACUAUUGGGUUUAACAUAGAGACAGUUACUACAUUCAGAGGCAUAUACCUAACAAUCUUAGAUGUUGGUUGUGGGGACAAAAUCAGACACGAGUGGAAGCGUUAUUUCUUAGAUGCAUCAGGUAUUUUAUUUGUUGUUGAUAGCAGCGAUAUAAAAAGAUUGCAUUCAGCUAAAGUAGCCCUCCAUCAUUAUAUAGUGAACUGCAAGGAAGCACGAGGUAUUCCUCUUGGGGUUAUAGCUAAUAAGCAGGACCUACCUAAUACUUUAACUCCUAAAGAUCUUGCAUCAGGCCUUGAAUUAUGUCUGAUAGAGGACAGACAAUGGUUCAUACAUGGUAUGUGCGCUAGGACAGGCAGUGGAAUAAUAGAGAGCAUCACUUUAUUGAUCGAAGCAAUUAAAAGGACAAAUAUGAUACGAACGUGAAAACGACAACAGCAAAUUUUGACUGUCGAUUUAAACAUAUUUUGAUAUUGUGUUUAUGAAAUGACGACAACAUAUUUUAGUGUUUUCAACUCGUCAGGACUCAUAACAUACUUGUCGAGUAUAAAACUAAUAGAUGUGUAUGGUGUAUGAAAUAUUUAUACCUUGACAUAUAACGAUUACUCUGAUUCCUUUCACGGAUUUGGAUAUACUUUUUGGACUUUUUGGAUUAUAGCGCUUCAUCUUUUAUCUAAGCUUUGGAUUGCAAAUAUUUGGCCACGAGCAUCACUGAAGGGACAUGUAUUGUCGAAAUGCGCAUCUGGUGCAAGAAAAUUGGUACCGUUAAUUUUAUUACUGGAAAUGUCAUGAUAUUGAGAAUGCACAUCUCUGACGGAGUCAAACAUUUCUAGAUUUUUUCUUAAUCCGUUUUUUUAACCGGAUUGCUUGUGAAAAUUGAAAAUUUUAUUUCUCUGAAAUGACUCUAAAAUGACUUAUUGUAAGUGCACUUUUUUCACAUAGUUAUAUUUGGUUAUAAUAAAAAAAAAAUCAUUGAUAUUUUCCUCUUGUUCUCACAUAUUUUUAAAAUAAUUCCCGUCAGAAGAAUACAUCAUUUACACCUUAUACUAUUAUUGAAAUAAUCAAAGAAAUGAAACGAAAUAGAGAAGCAUG